GAUUCGGUGUGUUUGAUCGGGACGCGUAAAUCUCGGGCGUCUCGAACGUCAUUGGCCGGUUCCGGUAUCCGGGUUAGUACAGCGCCAUGGCUCUACUCAAUGCAAAUAUGAUGCAGAAUGAAGCGUGAAUAUAUAUACACUGUGCCAAAUUACGAAUAAUACGUGUGUUUGAGUUGUGAAUAGAAAAGAAUUGCCAAAAAGCAUUUUGAAAUACAAAGUGUCGCGAGUGCCAGCCAGAGUAGCAAAGAUUUUGGUUCGAGGGAAAACUUGACAAAAUGCAUUUAUGUGAAAUGCGUGCCACAACGCAUUUAACUAAAUCCAACGUGAACGCACACAAAAUUCAAAUUCAACUUAAAAAUAAACAUAAAACUAACAACGUCAGCGAGAUCAAACAACGACACAGAAACAAUCAAAAUGUCGCCCCAGCGUCGCCGGCUGUGCAGCUAAAAAUACUAGAAACUAAAUGCUGCAGCAGCAGCAGCAGCAACGACAACGACAACUACAACCCAAAGAUGCGUCACUCAUUUCUAACUGCGGCAACUGGGAUGCAGUUGCCCAUGCUGCUAGUACUGCUGAUACUGCUGGCUGGAUUAAAUGGAUUAACACAAGUUACAGCGCUCAAGGGUGAAAAUCCUCACAUUAUUGAGCAUCCCAUGGAUACGACGGUGCCAAAAAAUGAUCCAUUCACAUUUAAUUGCAAGGCCGAGGGCAAUCCAACACCAACCAUUCAAUGGUUCAAAGAUGGUCGCGAACUUAAAGCGGAUGCAGGCUCGCAUCGCAUAAUGCUGCCCGCCGGUGGUUUAUUCUUUCUCAAGGUCAUCCACUCAAGACGUGAAAGCGAUGCAGGCACCUAUUGGUGCCAAGCCAAGAACGAGUUUGGUGUGGCGCGUUCCAGAAACGCUACGUUGCAAGUCGCAUUUCUGCGCGACGAAUUUCGCUUGGAACCACAAAACACCCGCGUGGCCCAAGGCGAAGUGGCGCUGAUGGAGUGCGGUGCCCCGCGUGGCUCGCCGGAACCGCAAAUCUCUUGGCGCAAGAACGGACAGACUUUGAAUCUCAGCGGCAACAACAAUAAGCGCAUACGCAUCGUCGAUGGCGGCAAUCUGGCCAUCCAGGAUGCUCGCCAGUCCGAUGAUGGACGAUACCAGUGUGUGGUCAAGAAUGUGGUUGGCACGCGGGAGUCGGCCACCGCCUUCCUCAAGGUGCACGUGCGCCCUUUUCUCAUACGUGGACCGCAAAAUCAAACGGCUGUGGUCGGCAGCUCUGUUGUGUUCCAGUGCCGCAUUGGCGGAGAUCCCUUACCGGAUGUCUUGUGGCGUCGCACAGCCUCAGGUGGCAAUAUGCCUCUGCGUCGUGUGCACAUACUUGAGGACCGCAGUCUGAAGCUGGACGACGUCACGCUCGAGGACAUGGGCGAGUACAGCUGCGAGGCGGACAAUGCGGUCGGUUCGAUUACCGCCACGGGCAUACUCACUGUCCAUGCUCCUCCUAAGUUUAUAACGCGUCCGAAAAAUCAACUUGUCGAGGUCGGCGAUGAAGUACUCUUCGAGUGCCAGGCAAGUGGACAUCCUCGUCCCACUCUCUACUGGUCCGUAGAAGGCAACAGCUCGCUUCUUCUGCCCGGCUACAAGGAUGGACGUCUGGAAGUAACGCUCACGCCCGAGGGCCGUUCCGUACUCUCCAUUGCGCGCUUUGCUCGCGAGGAUUCCGGCAAAGUGGUCGUCUGCAAUGCCCUCAACGCCGUGGGCAGCGUCAGCAGUCGUACUGUUGUCAAUGUGGACACUCAAUUCGAGCUGCCGCCGCCUAUAAUCGAACAGGGCCCAGUCAAUCAAACGCUGCCCGUCAAGUCGAUUGUAGUGCUGCCUUGCCGCACACUAGGCACGCCAGCGCCGCAGAUAUCCUGGUACCUGGACGGCAUACCCAUUGAUGUACAGGAUCAUGAGCGUAGAAACUUAAGCGACGCUGGUACGCUGACCAUUUCGGAUCUGCAGCGGCACGAAGAUGAGGGACUCUAUACAUGCGUGGCAAGCAAUCGAAAUGGUAAAAGCUCGUGGAGCGGCUAUCUGCGCUUGGACACGCCCACAAAUCCAAACAUUAAGUUCUAUCGAGCGGCCGAGCUGUCUACAUAUCCAGGACCGCCAGGCAAGCCACAGCUGGUAGAGAAGGGCGAGGACUCUGUGACCUUAAGUUGGACGCGAAGCAACAAGGUGGGCGCCUCCAGUCUUGUGGGCUACGUUGUAGAGAUGUUUGGAAAGAACGAAACGGAUGGCUGGGUGGCUGUGGGCACACGGAUUCAAAACACAACGUAUACGCAAUUGGGACUGGUCCCUGGAGUCAACUAUUUCUUUUUGAUACGCGCAGAGAACUCGCACGGACUAUCGCUCCCCAGUCCUAUGUCAGAGCCAAUUGCUGUGGGCACGCGUUACUUCAAUAGUGGCUUGGAUCUAAGCGAGGCACGUGCUAGUCUGUUGUCCGGUGAUGUUGUGGAGCUGACCAAUGCUAGCGUUGUGGAUUCAACUAACAUGAAACUCACUUGGCAGAUCAUCAACGGCAAAUAUGUGGAAGGUUUCUACAUCUAUGCACGCCAGUUGCCAAAUCCAAUAACAAACAUGCCUCAGCCGUCAACAGUCAAUAACAAUCCACUGUUGGGCUCCGCAUCAGCCUCUGCCUCUGCCUCGGCAUCAGCUUUGAUUUCGACAAAACCAAAUAUUGCCGCUGCCGGCAAACGUGAUGCGUUCCAACAGCAACAGCAGCAGGAGCAGCAGCUGAGCACCAAAUAUCGCAUGCUCACCAUACUAAACGGCGGUGGCGCCUCGUCCUGCACACUGACGGGCCUCUUCCAGUAUACGCUCUAUGAAUUUUUCAUUGUGCCUUUCUACAAAUCUGUAGAGGGCAAACCUUCGAAUUCGCGCAUUGCGCGCACCCUUGAAGAUGUGCCCAACGAUGCGCCAUUUGGCAUGGAGGCAAUUCUGCUAAAUGCCUCCGCUGUGUUCUUGAAGUGGAAGGCCCCAGAGUUGAAGCCACAGCAUGGUGCAUUGCUCUAUUAUCACGUGAUAGUGCGUGGCAUUGAUACCGCCCACAAUUUCUCGCGCAUUUUAACGAACGUUACUAUCGAUGCUGCCUCACCCACACUUGUGCUUGCCAACUUAACUGAGGGCGUUAUGUACACUGUGGGCGUGGCAGCGGGCAAUAAUGCUGGCAUUGGACCGUAUUGUACACCGGCCACACUGCGUUUAGAUCCGAUUACCAAGCGCUUGGAUCCGUUCAUCAAUCAGCGCUAUCCCAUCAAUCAGGACCAUGUGAACGAUGUGCUGACACAGCCCUGGUUCAUAAUACUGCUCGGCACCAUACUGGCGAUUAUGGUGUUAUCCUUUGGCGCAAUGGUCUUUGUGAAGCGCAAGCACAUGAUGAUGAAACAGUCCGCGCUGAAUACCAUGCGAGGCAAUCACACUAGCGACGUGCUUAAAAUGCCGAGUCUAUCGACGCGCAAUGGCAACGGCUACUGGUUGGACGCCUCCACCGGCGGCAUGGUCUGGCGCACCUCGCCCAGCGGCGACACCCUCGACAUGCAGAAGGAUCACAUAGCCGACUAUGCCCCCGUUUGUGGUGCAGGAGCAGGCAUGGGCGCCAGUGGCAGCAACGGUGGCGGCGGCGGCGGCGGCGGCAGCAACUGCGUCGAUGAUAUUCAUGGACAUGCCAGUGAACGCAAUCACCAGCGCUAUGUGGGCGAGUACUCCAACAUACCCACCGACUAUGCCGAGGUGUCCAGCUUCGGAAAAGCGCCCAGCGAAUACGGACGCCACGGCAACGCCUCCCCAGCGCCCUAUGCCACCUCCGCCAUACUCAAUCCCGGCCAGCAGCAGCAUCAGCCGCGUUAUCAGCAGCGUCCAGGCCCUGUGCAAGCUCCCAUCUCCCACCCAGGCUCCUACGGCAUGCAGCGACCCAUGCAUCCGCAUUACCAACAACAGCAGCAACAACAACAGCAGCAGCCACAUUCGAGCGCCAACAUCUAUCAACAAAUGUCCACCACAGGCGAGAUCUAUCCAAGUAACACGGCUGGCGCACGCUCCGUCUAUUCGGACCAGUAUUACUAUCCCAAAGAGAAGCACAUGCAUAUGCACAUCACCGAAAACAAGCUGAGCAACUGUCACACCUACGAGGCCGCCCCAUCUGCCAGCCAUCCAUCACAGCCAUCCCAUCCACAUUCACACGCCUCGGGCAGUGUACGGCGACAGCAGCUGCCACCGGGCUGCAGCAUUGGACGUGACAGCGCACGCUUCAAGGUGCUCAACACUACUCCCAAUCCGAGUGGCAGUCCGGGCCAGACGCUCGCCAAGCACUCGCAGCCGCAGCAGAACCUACUCGACCUGGAUGGCUCUUCCUUCUGCUACAACGGACUGGCUGACUCCGGCUGCGGAGGCUCCCCAUCGCCUAUGGCAAUGCUAAUGUCGCACGAGGACGAACAUGCGCUCUAUCACACAGCCGAUGGCGAUCUGGACGACAUGGAGCGUCUCUAUGUGAAGGUCGACGAUCAGCCGCAGCCGUCACAGCAGCAGCAGCAGCUCCUACCACUCGUGCCACACGCUCAGCAGCAUCCACAGUCACUGGAUCCACAGCCCUGGCGAGCUCAGUCGACGCGCAGCAGCCGCAAGGCCCAUCUUGAGGAGCCGCUAAGCAAAGAGGCCAGCGAACUCAUCUACGCGCCCGGCAGCGUCGCCAGCGAGCGCAGUCUGCUGAGCAAUUCCGGCAGCGGCAGCAGCAGUCAGCAGCCUUGCCACAAUGUUUGACCCUUGGCCAACCUGGACUCCCAGUCGCCAAAGUCGCAGCAGGCGCAGGAUGCCCAUUAUGCAAGGGAGGUGCGAGAGUUACUCGCUUGGUGCGAACGAUUCAACAAUGGCGGUGCCGAGAACUUUGAAUGAAUACACUGGGCGAAAACUGAGCAAAGUGGUGACUGCUUAGUAUUUUGAUGAAAUGCUUUCGAUUGGCCAGACCUAAGACUGAGACUUUGUGCGCUUGAGCAGCUACUUUACAGUUACAAAGCUUUCGCUUUGUUUUUUUUUUUUUAUAAUUGAUGUAUAAACUGAAAAGCUGAAUUGGUAAUAUGCGUCAAUCCAAGCUUGGAUUGACUCUAUGCUAGUGAUAGACUUACUACUACCCUCUAUACUACUCAUACUACUCUCUCUCUCUCUCUCUCUCUAAUACGUUACAUUUCUCUGCUAAACUUAAUCAUAGGCUUAUCUUAGUUAUAGACCACUGUACAUGUUAAACAAAAAAACGUAUAAUAAGUUCCUCCAAGUAUGCAGGCAGCUAAGAUCAGCGCUUACCAACCCAUACAUACACAUAUAAAUAUUUAAAUAUCCAACAUAUGCAUAACUAGCUAGAUAGGACAGCUUAAUAGACAUAGAGAGAAACACACAAACAUAAAUCAUUAGUUGUUAAGUGUAAAUAAUGUCAUAAACUAGCCAUGUUUAAAAUAUCAAUAAAAUAUUCAAAUAAUGAGCGUUUAAUAUGCAAAUAGAUAUGCAAAUAGUACUGCUUACUAGUAAUAACAACAACAACAAGAACACGUGAAUAAAUUGUGCAUAUAGUAAUUUAAAUCAACUAAUUAUAGACAGGCUAUUAUUAUAACAUAGUUGUUGUUUACACUACGCAUACUCCAGCAAGAAUAUUAACUAAAUGUGUGUUUAUGAUAAAUGUAGCAAAGUAAAUACAACGUAUGAUGGCAUAUGGUAAGACUCCUUCAAUUUAACAGCUAAAUGCAAUUUAUUUAAACAAUAAACAUGCUCAUGCAUGGCAAUCAAAAAUGCAUUUGCCGGCACGCAUACAUACAUACAUACAUAUGUAUGUGAACAGCAAACAUGUAUACAAUAGGAAUAUAUGAAUCAUUUAGUACACACAAAUUUAUAAAUAUUAGUGUGUUUGUUUAUCCCUUAGCCAAGAAAUUUGAAUUAAGUGGAUGUCUACAUAUGUGUAAUUAUUGGAUAUUGAAAUAUGUAUUUACAAUGUAGCAAUUCAAACAGCAAAUAAAAAUGCCAUAAUUAUGAAAUUU